UGCUCUAAUGACAGCGUCAGGAAAAUGGCGGCGAGCUGUGAAGUGAAUUGAGGAUGUCAACAUUGCGCUUUUCCACCUGAGACAAGUGACGCUUUUUCUUUCUUCGCGUCGUUAACACAACCAGGGUUGUAGCUUAGAAAGUUGCACCUCUGUUUGGACCAAAACCACGCCUGGCAUAUUUUUUUAAAUAAUUAUUUUAUAGUGCUGUGUUUUGAAAGUCCAUUUAAGCUAGCUAACGGUUAACUAGCCGCCUGCACGAGCCUUAAAGAGAAAAGCGUUCGACGAACCGUAAAGAGAACUUUUCCCUGCACUUUUCGUGUCGUAAAGUAGUGCUUGUAAUGUUUUUCUCGUUUAAAUUCAUUCCCGUGGCUCGCUAAGUAAAUGCGUAGAGAGUCGUUUGCGCCAGUGUAAUCUUUUUUCCCCCUCUACAACCCCGUCAGCUGGAAGUGCAGACUCGGCGGAUGCUGUCCGCAUCUCUGUCGCACUUUUAAAGGGGGUACAUAUCAGGCAGGACUGCUGAACAGGGAGGAGGGGGGGAUUUAUUUAUUUAAUUCUAUUUUAUUUUAUUUAAUUUAUUUAUUUUACACUGGUGCUGGUUCAGAAGCCAUGGCUCACUCGCCGGUGCAGGGCAGUUUACCCGGCAUACAGAGUUUGCGAGCCGACCCCGAGGAGCUGUUCACCAAGCUGGAGCGCAUUGGCAAGGGCUCGUUCGGCGAGGUCUUCAAAGGUAUCGACAAUCGCACGCAGAAGGUGGUGGCCAUCAAGAUCAUCGAUCUGGAGGAGGCCGAGGACGAGAUCGAGGACAUCCAGCAGGAGAUCACCGUACUGAGCCAGUGUGACAGCCCCUUCGUCACCAAGUACUACGGCUCCUACCUCAAAGGCUCAAAGCUGUGGAUCAUUAUGGAGUAUCUGGGCGGAGGAUCGGCGCUGGAUUUGCUGGAGCCCGGUGCUCUGGACGAGGUGCAGAUCGCCACCAUCCUGCGGGAAAUCCUGAAGGGUCUGGAGUACCUGCACUCUGAGAAGAAAAUCCACAGAGAUAUCAAAGCGGCCAAUGUGUUGCUGUCCGAGCAGGGCGAUGUCAAACUGGCGGACUUUGGUGUAGCGGGCCAGCUGACAGACACACAGAUCAAGCGCAACACGUUCGUAGGGACACCUUUCUGGAUGGCACCAGAGGUCAUUAAACAGUCCUCUUACGACUCAAAGGCUGAUAUCUGGUCUCUGGGGAUCACGGCGAUCGAGUUGGCAAAAGGUGAGCCGCCUCACUCGGACCUGCACCCCAUGAAGGUCCUCUUCCUCAUCCCAAAGAAUAACCCGCCCACGCUGGAGGGCAGCUACAGCAAACCGCUCAAAGAGUUUGUGGAGGCGUGCUUAAACAAGGAGCCCAGUUUUAGACCCACAGCCAAAGAGUUGCUGAAGCACAAACUGAUCGUGCGUUAUGCUAAGAAAACAUCCUACCUGACCGACCUGAUCGACCGAUACAAGCAGUGGAAGGCCGAGCAGUGCCGAGAGGACUCUGACGAUUCUGACUCAGAAGCGGAUGGACAGGCGUCUGGUGGAAACGACUUCAGCAAUGAUGAGUGGAUCUUCACGAUUCGCGAAAAAGACCCCAAAAAGCUGCAAAAUGGAGCCAAUAUGGAAGAGCAGGAUACACCUCAGAGGCCGCUGUCACAGAUCCUAUCUACUGUUAUUACACCAGUCUUAACAGAGCUGAAAGAGCGGGGCGACGAAUAUGCGGUGAAGCCUGACGUGUUGGACGAGUUAGGAGAGGCCAUAUUCCUCGCUGAGGAGACAUAUCCAGGGAUCUCUGAUGUCAUGGUGACCCAGCUCAUACAGAGACUACAGCGGUUCUCCAGAGCCAGGACGUCUUCUUCUUCUCCUCAGUGAUCGGUCCGCUGGGUAUACCAGUCAUGCCGGAGCCCCUCCCACCGUGCAGCGAAUCACAACACCAGCCGAGUGUCCUCCAAGUAGCGAGAGUCCUUCAAACUCCACAAGCUUCCUGUAGCGCUGUUUGUUUUAACAAACUCACAGACGAUGAACGGGUGUCUGUGUGUAUAUCUGGUGGGUGUGUGUAUGUAGUGCACAUGCGCACACACACACACAAACACACACACAGACUUGAUUGCAUAGUAAGCGAGUAGCUUCGGGAAGCUACUGCUUCUGUGUUACGACAUCAGCAAGUGGGGAAAAAAAAAACAUCGCUGAAACCCUUAAAUGCAACCAUAGCAUGGCUCUGAUCAAACAGCAUGGAUGGGUGUGUGUGAGUGAGUGUGUGUGAGCGUGUGUGAGUGUGUGUGAGCGUGUGUGAGCGUGUGUGAGCGUGUGUGAGCGUGUGUGAGCGUGUGUGAGAGAGAGAGAGAGUGAGUGUGAGGAGAGCCCUUUCCUUGCAAAAGGAGAUAUCAAAUCUGCAUCACCUCGACUAGAAAGAGUUUGGAUGCGUGUAUAGGCAUGUAUAUACUUUUACACACUCACAGAUUGUGUUAUUAUUUUUUUUCCAAACGGAUCACUGUGUACAGACGGCCACGCCCUGCUGUAGAUAUCGUUAGUAUUAAAAAAAGAAAAGAGAGAGAAAAGGUAAAUAUUUAAAACCCGAGCCUCUCAAAUGGCCAUUACAGAGAUUGCCUUGCCUUUUUAUUGAAUGUAUGUCACGUUUUGCGGGUGCUCUGUUUCAUUUUAAUAUAAAAAGAGUUUUACUCAUGAAAUCAUAAAUAAUGAUUUUUAUCAUAUCACCUUUGAAGAUUGUGUUUCUUUUCCUGUUCGUGUGGGUGAAUGGUUUACGUUAGACAGAAAUCCUUAUUCGCUUCAGGGUGGAAAAGAAGGAAAGAAAUGCAAGUCGUCAUGUUUACAGGUGAGUGCGAAAGUUUGUGUACCCUCAAGAAAGCCUUUUGGGGGCUGCACAUGGUAUCAGUUAAAAGAUUUGCAUCUCUCUUUCUAAAUAAACAUUUUCUCUAAUAAUAUUCUGCCAAAUUUUCAUAUCAGCCUUUGGAUCCUCUUAGUAAUAUUCAUAAUAAAUAAAUAACAUUAUUAAUGUGACUAUUAAAAAUAUGAAAAUUAAUAUUCGUAAUAAAAAAAUCUUCACUUUGGAUUCUUUUUUAAAAUGUAUUUUACAUUUUGGUUCAAUUUCAAUAGUCAUUUUAUUCAUUCAUUUAUCCAUUUAUUAAUAUUUCUUAUUUAUUUAAGUACCUGGUAGAUAAACCAUGGGAAGUAAACUUUUGCAACUGUAAAUGACCAUGCUGAGCUUUUAAAUUUAUUUUAGCGUUCAAUAAUUCUUUUAUCUUAAUAUUCACCUGGGGGACAAAAACAAUCAAUUUUUAAAAAUAGUUUUUUAAACAUUUAAUCUAAUUUUCAUUCAUUUUUAUUUUAUUUUCUUGGAAUUCUUUGUAGAUAAAUUGUAAAAUUCCCUUUUUUUUUGUUAUUCCUCAUUCAGAAACCAUGGGGGGGGGGGACUUUUUUUUCCUUUGCAAAUAACUGUUCACUUUUGAUUUUGCUUUAUUUUAUUUUUAAAGGAAUGCCUUUCGACUGAAAUAGACAAGAGUAUGAAAGAAAGUUCUUUACUGAAGUACUCGAUUGAUAGUCGAUCAGGGUUUUGUUACCAUUUUACAAUGAACACACAUUAACGUUAACUUUAUGUACAAAAAAGUCAUGCUACAAAAUAUAUACUUAAACAUUAAAUACAAAUGUUAAACUAGGUGCAUUUUUCCAUGAUGAAAUCCUUUUUUUUUUUUU